ACCAAGUCUUGUUGUUAAAGCUUUAGAAAAAAGAAACGAUAUGGUGAUGAAGAAGACGAUGGGUGGGUCAGUGUGUGCGUUAGAGUGGGUGAUUGUAAUUUUGGCAUUGAUUGCAAGCUCUGUGACUGUGAAUGCAACAAUUACUUGCCCAGAUGCGAUACUGAAAAUACUUCCAUGCGAACCAUACCUGUCGGGCAUCGGUGACGUCUCUGUGCCGUGCUGUCAGGGAGCUCAAAACUUGAACCAGAUGGCUAAUUCUACAGCAGAUCGCCGGGCUGUUUGUGCGUGUUUUAAGCAAGUUGGACCUUCUUUAGGGGUUAACGUUGAUAGAGCUAAGAAACUUCCCGAUCUUUGCAAAAUUGAUCUUCGCGGAAUAACCAUUGACUUUACUAUUGAUUGCAACACAAUUCCAGUUUAAUGGAUGGGUGAGGAAGGAUGCAUAUGACACGGACAAACCUUGGCCAGCGACAACAAAGAUAACGCUUAGUUGUUAUGCUUUAAUUAGGCCAAUUUGAAAUUUCUUUGUAUGGACAAUUAUAAUAUGAAUAAAUUUGUUAUCUUUUCUGGAGAUUUCCUUCCCUUCAUUUUUCCUUUUUCCUUGCCAACAUUUGCGCCAAAGAAAUUGCGGUACCAUUGUGUAGAGGAAAAACUUCUCCACAGAUUAGUUGAUACAACAUACCUUUCAAUGUUGGAUUCGGAAAAUUCUGGUUCAGAUACAUAGUUUCUUGGAAUGCUUGCGGUUCGGAUACACACCAAUUUACCAAUGGGAUACAUAUCAUUGG